CGUCGAAUGAUUUGAAAGAUAUUUCAUCUGCUACCUCUUUGCCAUUGUCAAACGUCUCAUGUCUAAGUCUGCAGCAGUUCCACACAGAACAACAGUUCUGCUCAUCUGUAAGGUGAGGACGUUAUAUAACUGGUAGAUCAAAUGCAAGAUAUUUGUUUGAUAACUUUCUAUUUUAACAAUUUAAUGAAACUUCUUUUCUAGUAAUGUAAUGAAGAAGUAAAAAGUAGUAAAACUUAACAAACAACUUUCAUACCGUUUGUAAAUUCCAUAAAUACUAAUUCGCGUUCACAGGGACUUUUUUGCGAAACUUGGUGGAAGAGAGGGAUUGCUCUUGGUCCAGUGUGAUGCUGGAGAUCUUAAUAGCAAACUGAUCCCCUGUGCUCGUCACUUGCUAGUGGAACAAAGAACCACAGCAGAGCAAGAUUUUCAGGAAAGCGUUGGGCGUGCUUCCUCGUCAUUCGUGCAUAUUGUUCUCAUCAUUCAAUUGCCUCGUCUAGUUGGAGGUUGUCCAACGUUUGCUGGUUUUCAGGGAGGACGCUGGAUAUCUGUCCACAUCGAUGAACUUCGCCCACCGACAGGUCAAAUACCAGCCAUCCAGUUUAUGGUGGACCGGUCAAUCAGUAACUUGUUUGACGUAGCACCGACCAUCACACGGGAAGAUGUCAUGGAAGUUGAAGAGGAAGAGGAAACAGAGGCUGAUAUAGACAUGGAGGCGUCAAUGAUGUUUCCGGGACUGAUGCCAUUUUGGAUAAAGUAGAUAUUGUCAGUCUUGUGAGAAGCUGUAUUCAAGCUGCCGUUGCAAGACUUGACGAAGAGUCCUGGCGUCCGUCACGAUUGACACGCCGGAUUGAACUGAUGUUAAGUCUUCUCCCGGACUGCAGAUCCAGUGGGACUGGUAACUAUAACAGGACUCUUUGCUAUUUACUAUGAUGAUAUGCUGAGUUUCCCAACGCGAACUUGGUAUUUUUAUAGGCGCCUCCAUUAUCUAAGAAGCACUUUUUUCGUAUAAGCGCCUCUGAUCUGUCUAAAUGUUUUGUAUCCUCCUUUUCUUGCUCAAAAGAUGUCGGCUUUGACAUGCCUGGACGUCUAGAUUAUUUUUUUUGUAUUUGGUGGAGAUGACUACUAGUAGGCUUAUCGUUUUAACUUUUUAAGAUAAUCCAUCAUUGUUCCUAACAAAAGAUAGGCUCCAAGCCUUGGAGUUCACUUAAGCAGGAUCCCUGCUUAAGUGAACUUCGGAAAAGACCGACUGUGCGCUAAAUCAACUUUUUACAGUUUACGGCGAGAAUCGAUUAUUUGCCAUUUAAAAGAUCGAAGAAUGCUCGAAUUUAAUAAGUUUUCGCUUGUUUUUAAAGGUUCGCUAACAAGAGUUUAUCUUUUUUUCUGUCAGAUUUGUCAUUUGCUACCGUUUUGUCUCGGCGAAUCCACAAACUUCUUGAAGAAAAGGAUGAGCGGGCUGGGACGAAAGCCACUGACUGGUUACGCUCAGAAGCUUUGAGUGGUACCGGGAUCCAAGAAAAUGGAACAUUCAGAAAAGCGCUAUGGCAGAGAAUAUAUUCGUCUGUAAUACCAAUUCUCUCUGAAGUUAUAGCCCUUGUAGACCGCGAUUCUAACUUGGAACUUGUGACGGGUGAAGGUACCUGGUUGUCACGCCUUUGGAUAUCACUUUUCCAAAGCCAAGAUAUAGUUGAACUUCAGUACGAUAGCUUUCUGUCCCUUGAGAGUGGCAUCAUAAGGGAGCGCGUGCCAGUAAUGACUUCUGCGUGUGAAAGACAAAAUUUUGACCUGCAGUUUCCUUUCUCAUGGCUGAUCAAAGAGAGAAUUGAUGCUAUGUGGAAAGAGGCUUGUAGUAUUGCAGGUAAAUACUUUUUUAAUUUUUCAGCGUACCCAUGAAGUAGUUUCUUACUAGUUACAACGAUAAAAUACAACAAUACCCGUUAUACUUUCAUAACAAGCUAAACUUCUAACGAUUGUUAAGUACAGAGUUCAAAUAAAAUGUGUACGCACGGAUAGAAAGAACCGGUGAGUUUUAAUUAAAAAAUUUUAAUUACGUUAGACUUCACAUGCUGGACUCUUUGAGUUUAUGGCACAAGUUUUUCGAGUCUUUCGAUUUCUUUUCCAAAAAAGUUUUUGACGAAGUCACAAAUAAACAUAUUUCGUUCUCCAUAUAAACGAAAGCGGAAGGUUCUUGAACUCAUUGCUGUUUCGUUCUUUUAUAAGCGAGAACAAACACCCCAGUUCAGCAGUGUUUGUGUGACCUAGUGACUACGUCGGAAAUCGGAAGACUGCUCGAAGAAACUGAAUAUGAAGGCUACGAGGAAGCCGUAGUGAUGCGCUACCUUCACGACUUCGUUCACAUGGUCCACAAACCAACAGUUCCUGGAGAGGAAGAGGUAGGACAUCAUAAAGAAUGCUGAUUGGAUUCUCCUAUCUCUUAUCUACGAAAUCUAGAUCCGCUUUUGUCGUAGCAAGCGCAUGUGAAUUAUGUACGACAUGUACCCAAUCAGUGGCAGAACGGAGUUGCUAUUUUAUUUCAAAAAGAAAUGUACGCUCGUAGAGGAAUUUAAAUCAGUUUCACCCACAAACCCGAAAGAUCCUCUACCCAGACCAUUUGUUUUUAGUUUUUACGUUACCUUAAUUUCUGUUCACCUCAUAAAGGGUGUGAAGCACUUGUGAACUCUGCAUAUAGCCUAUCUCGCCUGGUUUGACUCAUGUUGGGAAAUAAUCUGUCGUUUGUCACACGUCAGCAGAGACGAAGCCGACCUGCUAUUCUGCAAAUGAUGAUAAAGAUUUACUUGCUGAAUGACAUGCGUACUGAGAAACUGGGUGAACUUGAGACAAUCAACCCAGCUGCUUCCAUAUUAUCUGAAAUCUGUGACGAUUUGAAUGAAUGUUCUCGAGCUAUCGCUAGGCGCCAAAUUCCCGACAUAGAACCAACCAAGAAGGUAAAAAAUUAUCGGAAGUCCGAUAACAUCCUCAUUAUUUUUUGUUACUCAACAGCUGAUUAGUCAAGCUAUUGUCACAGCCGCUCGCGAGUUGCAUGAUGAGACAUGUUCGGAUGAGGAAUUCACCCUCACCAUCUCUUCCAUUCACGUGGCUUACGAUCGCAUCGAGAAACGUUUGGCGAACUUCUGCCAACUAGUACAGGCUCAACCAGAUAUUGUAACCAGCCUUCGGGAAGUUAUUCCUCCAAACGAAACGGAGAUGGUAAGCUUAUUGCUUGUUUUGAAAAGUAAUCCUUCAAUCGAAAACUUCAUGAGAUUAAAAUUAACCUUGUUAUUUUUAGCCUUUCACGCUUUGAGAGCUUUUAUGCACAUAUUUCUGAAUUAUGAAUGAAAAAAGUUCCGUAGUAAGAUUGACAUGAUCUAAUAAUACCUUCAAGGUCCUUGAUGCCGUCGCCCUAGAGAUUUGCUUGUCCAAACUUGAACCUGGUGCUGAAGAGUUUGACGAUCCACAGACUCGCUUAGUGUGGUGUAACAGAGUGUUGAGUAUCAGAACAAGUGCUGAGAACAUGAUCAGUAAUCUUUCACCGUAUGGCCGUAAAGUAAACCACAUUCUACGUAAUUGCAGGUAUUGCACUUUUUAAAAUUCUAGAUCGACUAAUCACAUUUCAGUUUUUUCGGUUGAAUUCGCUUUGCUUUUGGCUCUCUUAACCUCUUACCUGAAUUACAUUUAAAAGAAAUAAUAACCGCAGUCAAGAUCACUUUUUAGAGCUUGUACCUAAACUUAACAGGCAAGGAUAUUAUUGUAUUUGAUGUCAUUACUUUUUUUCUUUUCGCGAACUUUCUGUGUUAGGUCAACUUGGCAGAGAGUAAGUGCUGUGCGAUUGUUUAUUGAACAUACCUGCCCUGGCACAGUUGCAUGCCACCCAGCUGAUGUGAAGAAUGUUUUCAAACUAUGGAAGGUGGGUCGAAACAUCUAUGCUCGUAUGUGAACAGCGAAAGAGUGUGUUGUGGUUCUAAGUGCUUUGACUUAAGAUUGAAAAUUAGCGCUACUAUGUUCAAAAUAAAUAUUCAUUUACAAAACAAUCUUUCUAACAGGCAUUAGGUGAUGAGACAGACUUCACUAAACCGCAAACAAUGCUAGUUAUUGAAAAGUUUCUUGUGGAUUGCAGUGAAGCUGUUAGUAAACGUUAUACCAGGUAAGAAGAUGGCAGUAAAAAUGUCAGGAUAGUUGGUCAUAAAUUGUACCUUUGUCAUUGUGCUUUUACAAAGGCAGUAGAUGUUUUUCUUUUUUGAUAAUGUUCUUGCCCUCGAUUCGCCUCGAUGAGAAUGAACCUCUCCUUCCAUUGUUCAUCGUGCUUCCGUGCGUGCGUGUAAAGACUUACACAGAUAGUUUUCGACGCAGCCCUAAAGCAGCAUUUCUUCUAUCCCACAGUUAUGGUGUGAACACCUGUCCUGUGUGUCUGGAUGGUCUGGCUCAGAGGGAUCCUGUUAAAAUGCCCUGUGGUCAUGUUGUUUGCCUUGUUUGCGUCACCAACUGGAUUGAAAGGGAGAGAACAUGUCCGUACUGCAAGGGAGACGUACCGGAUGAUUUCAAGAUCUUACCCACCAAAUUAAUAAGGUAUAACGUAUUUAUUAAAACCCAGGUAGCCCAAGCUCGCACGGGGAGCCAUCGUAAAUACGUAUAUUUUGUGCAAUAGGCCCUAUAUAAUAGUACUAUUUGUGGAAAUAACGGUUACCUAUGUUUGAAAGAGCUUUAAUUCAAUUGUUCUAAAACCAAAACUAAAGCAAUCACACAACAGCCAAUCUGAAAAAGUGCUCUAAGGAAUUAAUGAAGAAAACACAGAUGUACUAGAAGUCAUCUCGCUAACAGGUUAGUUUCCACCACAAGUCUACGGGUUGGUUCGCUCACAACUCAUCUCGCCUUUUUCGCUUCACGUCAUCUUGCUUACGAAUCAAUACGCCCCCAGGUCAGCUCGCCUACGGAAUAGUUUCGCCUACAAUUCAUAUCGCCUAUGGAUCGGUUCGCCCCCAAGUCAACUGGCCUACAGAUCAGUUUCGCCCACAUGAAAACAAACAUAUUCAAGGGGUAAACGCGCGUGACCAAGUCGGGAGAAUGGAGUUAAUUUCUAGAUCUAUCAUAAAGCUCGGUAAAUCGAAAUCAGGCUAUUCCAUUGUACUUUCAACACUUAAUUGAGAAGUUCAAAAGAAUUUUGAACUGGAGCAUAGUUCUAAGUUCCUCGCAUAUGGCAUUAUGGGUGAGAUCGAUAAUAGACUUGACGAGAAUUAAAAGAAAAGUUGUGCUUUCCUCUUUGUAAAUUUAUCUUCAUUUGUUAUACACUGUAAUAAUGACAUAAAAGUCUUUGGAGAUAGAUAUAACCGCUUUGCAUAAUGUUAUUCCCUUAUUUUAAGAACCAUUCAUUAACUGAGUUGGGUGUGCAAUUGUAUUUACAGGAAAGCUGUUCAAGAACACUUCGAUUUCCGUCGUCGGUGCAACUCCUUCUUCAUGGAGCUUGUCUCACUGUUCUGUUUUGGCAAAAAGGACGAUGAGGGUGUUAUGGAUCCUGAACUGUUUGAAAUGUUCAUGAGUUAUGUAAUAGAAGCCAGUUCAAAGACUAAGGAUUUUUCUCCUUUUCCGGAACAUGGCAUUGAUGCAACACCUGUGGUCAGAUCGUUUCUUCUACAACAACUCCUGAGAGCAGGGUAUGUACAGCUGUUAAUGGAGGUAAUACGUUUUUGAUUUGUGGGGCUUAAGGUUGCAAAACCAUUGCUCUGCUCUCCGAUCGUAGGUUGAUAAAUUCCUUAGAAUUAGGCGCCAGCCUAAAAUCACCAAUCUCUCCUUCGUUUUCUAUUAACCUCAGGGUUGGAAACCUUUUGUCUUUAGAGCAAUUAUUUCCACUCUUUGUAUCAAUCAAAUUCUUUAUUUUCUUACUAUGAAUGUUGUAUCAGGUCAUAUUCUCUUUCUACCAUCGUGAUUUCCCUUUUCUUUAUCGUUGCUCAUUUUUUUAUAGUGACAAGGAAGUAAAAGAGCAUUUGUCACACUACUUGUCCAGCGCUCGAGAGCUGAGACCAGAAACAGGUCAUUUGUUACAAGUCUGUCAACUUUUUGUGCACUGUUGGGAGGUGAGCUCUGGAGUUACAAGUUAUUUGAAAUACGCAGUACUGCUAUUGUUUACGGAACACGCUCUUUAUUCAGCACUCGCCUUUGAUCUAGUUCUGACCCAUAACAGAUUCAAUACUCUAUUUAUCCUUUAGUUAUUUCCUGCUUUGCUUUCUUUGUCGUGAAUAGCUAUACCGUACAAAUAUCUUUCUCUUGAAAUGACAAUCUUUCAAAGAUAGCGUGAUACUCUGUCCAUUACUGAACACAAAAGAUAAUCUGAAUAAGUUUCUCACUACUUUGUCGUUCACUCUUUUUGCAGGACUCCCUGAUCAGCUUGUAUUCUAAGGCCUCAGACAAUUUGCGUGUUAUGAUUAAACUUGCUCAGCAACUUUGCGUUGAAUGUACUCCUUUGCUUACCUCCAACUCGCUACAGCAACACACACGAGACCUUGAUGUAGAUGUUUUAGAAGCCGUUGCUAAAGCGCGCUAUGCUUUAGCAUUAGUUGCUAAGUUUAUGUACGAAAGUGUCACAGAAGAAGACGGUCCAUGGAAUGAUCUGGUAGUACAAAACGAAUUACAAAGCCUUUUUGAAGGAGCAAGGAGAAUGUGCUACAAGAGUCUGAGCCAGAUUUCCCGACUGUACCUUCUGAGACAGCUAGCGAGGAGGUUUGGUGUGGAGUCGAUCAUUAUCUUGUGUGAUAAAAAGGAGUCUGAGUGGAUUUUGCCACCAGAGAGUAGAGACAAACAGGUAAAAUGCGUGAAGAAGUUGAAUAGGUUAAAACCUUCACCUCUUAUUUCAGUUAUAAAUUUCUUUUAAAAUAACAAGCUUCUUUUCUCUUUUUACCCUUUGGAGUAAACUUAGUGCCCUUCAUUUAUUUUCGGUUUUUGCCUUUUCCAGCAGGGAGAUAUUGUUCCUGAUAGGUUUAUUAUAUACGGAGAGGAGUACAAGAAAAUCAGAGAAGCUAUGGCAGAGACUGUGCUGAGUGGUACACCGAAGGAGUUGAAUAGCGCGCUCCAGGUACGAAACCGUUAGAGACUGCUUAUAGCUGCGUCUAUCUGUUAUAUCCACACUUAAGAUCGCUGUAGUCUACAAAAUUCUAUUCCGAAAGCUUGAGGUAGUUUUGAGUGACGUGUCGUCGUAAGCUUGGUCACAUAGCUACAGCUCGUGUCAUGGUGAUAUCUAGAGCGUGGUCGUAUACUUACAACUUUAAGGUUGAUUGUCGAUCUCAUCUUUCGACCACGAGGUGUAAUCCCGGAAAAUAAUAGUAUAACACUGUAAAGCGGCAAGCGAAAUGAAAGACUGUGAAGAAGACGAAGAUCACUCAACUUACUCGAAAAGAAUUAGCGGUGAAUUAUAUUUUGCCUUUAUUAUUUGCAGAGCAUUGUCUUGCCGCCUUUCGUGAGAGAUGUCAUGAUUUUGUUGUCUGAAUAUCGCGAAGUGACCACUUGUUAUGGUUUUACCUCCUCUCAACGACAGCUCUCCACAAGAGUAAGAAACUAACAAUCUUUUUUGUAUAGCCGUGGUACAUACUUAACUGAUUUAUUCAAUAAACCACUGAAAGGAGUUAGGUUUCUGUACACUUGUGAUGUCAAUCAACUGAACAAACAUCAACAGACCCUUAUACACAUAACACACAUCACAUAUCUGUGAAUAUACUGAAUAUUGUUGAUAAGCUUUAUUUUGUUAGGAAAGAAGUGUAUAUACAUCUAAAACGCAAGGAAAUAAAUACAUGCCCUGUGUCCUUUCUUUCAAUGAGAAUGUUUAAAAUCUUACUCUAUCAAGAAACGUUGGGAAAAUCUGUGUUGUAAGGUAUUCCAUUGAUGUUUUAGAUUUUCUGCCUCGGUAAGAUUUUACCAUGGCCUUUAGUAGGUUAUCAAAUGGUUUGCUCUUUCAGGCACGUCAGUGUUUUGGAGAAUUUCUAAGUGAUGGUGCUCAGCUUUCUGCUAGGGUGAGUUCAAACGAAUCAUGUUGUUUCGGACUUUUUCAUUUUAACAUUUGCUGUUGGCUCCUUACUUCCUCUUGGUCUUCAGUAUCUCUACGUCAUUCUUCUCUUUAGGCUCAACAGUUCGCUAUUCAGCUUCUAAACAACACUCAAGGUGAUGCUGAGUUUCCUGCCGUCCGAGUAGCUCCUGGUCGAUCAGCGCGGGACCAAAGUUUGGCCGAAAUUGUUAUUCAUACCACUGCUGUGUUACAGUGUAUUAAUCAAAUGACUGUGUGCGAACCACUGCGUCUUCUUAUGGACAAUCCUGUAGCUUUGAUGGUACGCUUGAAAUCCUUAAGGAAGCCAAACAGAGCCUUGCUUGUUUUCACUGUUCUUUACCGCCUAUGAUAGUAACUGCUUAGUUAAAAACAACUUUAAGAAGUGAUUUCUUUGCUAAAGUUGUUUUGUUUGUGUGUCAGAAUGCCUAUUUACCCACAAUGCCAGACGACAACCUUCAGGAAGCAAUGACUGGAAUAAGUGAGACUGGAAGCUGGUAUCGUAAGUAACUCAAAAUAUCCGUUCCAGUGUAGUCUCCGUUAGCUGAAGCAUAUUUCGUGAUUAUGCUUACGGGAAAUAUACUUCUCUUUUUGCAGAAUGUCCAAGAGGACAUCCCUAUUACGUCGGAAAUGUAAGUUUCCCCUCUUACAAUUGUGGAGGCUUCUGCUGACUUAUUUUAAACCUAUAUUAGGUAACAAAAGUAUGCGAUUUCAUGUAAACAAAACGUAUCUAUUUGAACUCAACCGCGUUGGCGUAAGGCACCCUUCAACAGGGGUUGCGUUGGCGGAGUCAGAUGUGGCGGCAGAAAUGGAUAUUGAUGAUGAUUUGGUACCCAAACUAUUCUCUUCUUUAGAGACAUUUCCUCUUAGAACCCUUUAGGCACGGAGAGUUCCUUGCUUGAAAAUUGCAACCAUCGUUUACUUUCUUCAAAGCUUAAGUAGAAAUUACAGCAAUCAUGCGCCUCUCUCCCGCAAGACUCGCAAUAAAGAGAUUCAGCACUGUGUUUACGUGAAACGGCAUACGUAACCUUGCCCUUUCGCGUUUAACCUUAAAUGGUGUGCACCUUACUGCUUGAGCUUCGAGUGGGCUCACGUCAGUUUGAGUUUCGAUGAAGCCGUGACAUGAGUCAACGAGAGUUUUUGCAGCUUUCUUCUGUCGAAAAGUGCAGAAUUUGAAGGAUUGUAAACACGAGACUUCAUCUACUCUUACAUGACUAAGAGGAAAUUAUUUUGGUGCACUUUUAAAUUUUUUUUUGUGUGAACAUACACGGCAAACGUGAAACAGCUUACUUACACGUAGAAACGGCAAAGUGCAGCUGGUAACGUGGAAAAGUGGCGGAAAAAUCGUGGUCACAUGGUCACUCUUGCCAUUCACGUUCACGUAAACGAUGUGCUAAAUCUCUCCAAUAUCGUCCAUAUAAACUUUUUUUUGGCAGUGUGGGCGCCCCACGGAAAUGAGGACUUGCCCUGAGUGUAACGUCAACAUAGGUGGGUCAGGGCAUCAACUCACUCAAGGAAAUACAACAAUCCAGAGGUACGGAACAAAGCUUUAUCUGGUCAUUUUAACCGUUUAAUUUUUAGUGGAAAUCCGGACACAAAUUGUUUUGCCAUUUCUUUGAUGGUAUUUAAAUUACUCUAAACACGUAGUAGAGUAAGGCCGAGAGUUAAAUUCUUUUGCUUAUUGGUGACGUUCCUUGGGCUUUCCCGGAAGUACUCUUAAUCAAUGGCUUUCAAAAAUGCAAAUAUAUUCCACUUGUGCAAGAGUAUCAGGCUAGUGUGACCAAAGUUUGCAAAAGAACACCUUUGACUUUGCUAUCUUUGGUCUGUAGAAAUGACCGAACAAUGACGGGUCACGUGCUUGGCCAUGCUAAUACAAGGUCCAGAGGUGUUGCUCCUGAAAGGAACUUGUCGCCUGUUCUUGUCGGCAUUACACGGAUUCUUAUGCACUGUGCCAUGAUUGAAGGAGCCCACCGGCAUCCACAGGUGAGCUGGUCCUUUAUCCCUUCGACUAUAUCUUGAAAAGGGUUAAUUAUUUCUCGUUCAACAAGUAACUCUCUUCUUAUAGAAAAAACUAGUAGAGGUGAAAAUGUGAAUCUAGAACUUGUCAGUAUGUUACUCUGGGAGUCAUCACAACCCCUUCUCUUCCUUUGGUUCUUUCUUUAGGUAUCAGAAAUUAUCGGAGAAGACUAAAGGAAGUUGUAUCUUUCCAUAGUUUCCUUCAUCUCAUUUGUCAUUGUUUUUGAAGAUAUCGUUGUUCUUGCUUUUGUGCUCCUUCUGCUUUUUAGCUCAGUUUUGUUGUGAUCAUAAAUGGAUCACUCAAAGGGAUUAGGUAGGAGGUAUUAAAAAAUAAAUUAGUAGGAGAAAUGUUUAGAGAAGGUGAGUCUUGGUGCUUUAUUUACUUUGAUAAACGGCAAUUAUCUAUGCUUAAACCAAAAAAGUAUGAUUUAAGUUCUGCCAUUCUAUACAUUUGAUGGCCCGCGAAUUAAAUUAGUUAGUAACAUUAAAGAAUGCCUAUGUGGGUAGAUUUUAAACUACCUGUUAAACCUCGUCUUGCUUUUUUUACUUUGUCUAGAAUAUUUCCAAUCUCAUCAAUCCCACAAUUCCACCGGCGGCGUUGACACGAUUUUUGUGGGAUCACCUGCGAUUGGACUUUGAAGUUCUCGCCAAAAGCCUGGGGAGGAGUGUGGACGAUACGGUGCUUUGUAUCCACAUGGUCCUGGCACAAAUGACUGCGCAUGUCAGUAGAAGUAAGCUUCUAAGAAUUCUCAAUACCAUAGAGCUUGUCGUUUUCGAAGAAUGACGAAAAAGAACUCGGGAAUUUACCAAUCCUAAUUUAAGUCUCUUUGCUUUUCGCAUUAGUCCACAUAAUAGAAUUUUCUUGGCAUAAUUAUCAAAUGAAUAGGAAAAAUUGCAAAAUUUAUAUCAUGGCCCUAAUACGAGAAGGGUGUUUAUUCUGUUACAUUUUAGAUCUUACACAUUGUUUUUUUAUGUAUAGCCGAACAUAUGUUUGUCCCAUGGGUUCAAUUAUUUGACCUUAUUAGACGGAUAGAUAGAAACCCGUUGAAGCAGUUUCAUCUGAAACUUAAUGAGAUUUGAAACGUUUUAGCGCAACAAGCCGCAGACUUUGCUUAUGACCUAAAAUCGAAGGAGUCUCGGAGAGGAUGGGAAGCAGCCUUCAGUGCCACUGUUGUUACUCCAGUUUUAACGGUAUGUUAGAUUUUUGUUGUAGUUUAGGUUUUAAUUUUGUUAUUUGUCAAGCCACCGAUUUUCUUUUCCUAUCUUUUAGAACCUUGAAGAGAAAAUUCAACAGCGCUUACAAAUGUUGGUUAGUGACAAGCGGCUCGGUGAGUUCAUUUCCACAUGAAACAAUUAUAAUAUGUGACCUUGGACAUUGGUACUCUUCCAAUAAGAAAAACCAUGAACUCAUUUAAUUAUGGGCUUGGUGUACUGCCAGUUUAGGACUAGAUAUUUUUAGGAUAUUUAGAGGCAAACAGGAUUUUUAGAAAAUUUGAGGAUUUUUAGAACAUUAAAGGAUAUUUAGAUGAAAAUUUUUGGAAAUAUACAGCCGAUAAAUUAAAAACAAAUUUACGUGGUUCGUAGAAAUUACACUGCUUACUGUUUGGUGUCAUCGUUAUUGUUUGUUUGAAAGUGAAUUAUGAAAGGUAACGAACCACUUAAAUUGUCUAGUAAAUAAAUGAUCAUUUUGAAUCAGUUUGAAGGUGCGUCCAUGCAAUUUCAGCACAGGAAUCUCGUGUUUUAGUACGUGAUUAUUUGGAAAACAAUUGAGCAGAAUCGGUAUCUAUAGAAAAAAAUUUCGAGAUAAAAUUGAAAUUUAUAGUCAUUUUUUGGAGAAUUUCUGGACUGGUUUUUAGGCGAUUUAUCGGGAUUUUUGUACCUAGGCCAAGAGAUCAUAAACUGCUGAGAGUUUACAAUCUCUUGAUCUAAGCCUAUGCCAAUUGUUACCUCUCAUCUUAGAUAAAAUUAUUGUGAACCAGAUGGAGAAUCGACAAGUCCGUGUUUAAAGGGUGGAAAUACAAGUCUCGCUUUUGUUUUUCAAGAAAUAAAAUAUCACAUUGAUGGCCCUUGAUUGUUUCCGCAGGUAAUAAUCCCCUAAUGCGUCAGCUGUUUGAGAUAGACGUCCCUACUGAAGCUCUGAGUGGUGGUAUCCCUCCCACUUGCCCUACCCUAUGGAGAUACCGGACUCAAGUGACUCUUGAUCACUUUGCGCACACAUUUCAACAAGAGGUAUUGUCCACCGAUCCUGAGAGGAACAAAGUAUUAGCGGAGUUUUUACGGCAGGUAAACCAUAUUGAACUACUUCAACUUACCAAUUUUUACAUCUGUUUCGUAUGUUUACUUUCAGAGCACCAUUUUUGCUUUUGAAGUUCGUAAUUUGCUGUGAAGUAUGGUUUUAACUGAGACUAUGUUGAACUGAAAAAUUUCUUAAAACAUAAGGUACGAGCUAUUGGGUAAUGAGCAGCACCAAUGGAUGAUGAUGAUGGACGGAUAGAUGUCAUCCAUCAACUGCCAGUCCUUUUGCAUUUUACAUUUAUUUGUUGUUCAUUUAUAGGAACACAAACUCCGCGCUCUCCGUUUUCUGCCGGACAUUAUAAAACUACAGCGUCUGCUGAUGGACAAAUUCCAUCGUCGAAUUGACAGAACUGAAGCAGAGCGCAUGAGGAUAAGAGAAUUCCUGCGGAAUAUUCCUUCAAGUAAGUUGUCGAAUUAGUUUUUCCUUAUUUUUUUCUCUUUUAUAAAAUCCCUUGACUUUUUGUCUUCCUCCUCAGAAACAGAGAAAGGUGAACUUGCGUCACUGAUAGCGAGCUUUAACGUCGCAUGGAACCUUGUGCGGCUUAGUCUCGAUCAGCAAGGUAUGCUUAGAUUGGCAGCAUUUGUAAACGAGUAUUCAUGAAUGAAGCAGGUCGUAAACCUAUUAGAUUUUACGGUAUUAUUAAGUUAUUAAACGGCACAAACCAUUCAUGCAUUAGGUACUCAGGACAUAAUUUUACCCGCCUUUUACAAACGAUUCACUAAGUUCAAGUUCAUGUUUUUUUUCAUUUUUCCUUUCCCCCCUCCCCACCCUCCUCCCUCCUCAUCCGCACAGCAUAAAGGCACGGGUUGUAUAGAGGAGCAAAUGAAAGGUUAAAAGUGCUACUGUCCCAGACCACUGACUAUGAUUGUAGCUACAUAUGUAGUAUAUCUCUUCUCAAUCAUUAAUUGUCCUAAACAGGGCGUCUACGUCCUCCAAAGGACUUGUGUGACCAGCCCAUGGAUAAUUCACGUCCACUUGCUAUACUCUUACCAAGUACCUCCGGCAUGGGUAUCUGUUCCACGGCUCUGGUAUUUUUCCUCACCACGCUUCACAACGAGUUCAACGAAAGAUAUCAAAACUUGAUUGGCGGGAAAGUCAAGUAAGUGCGAUGACGGAACCUUUUCCUCAUGCCACCCACCCUAAGAAUUACUUUGCUAAGAGUACCGUGAAUGACCUCACAACGCUUUCAGUCCUAUUCUAAGUUUCAGUGAAACGAUAUGCUGCGUCGAUAAUGAAGUAAAUUUCCUUUUGUAGCUUCAAAUAUCGCUCCCGCUCUAUAUGGCCAAUGUGCUGAACGUACAACGAUCAAUUUGCCUAUUUUAACGUGGCGACAAUUACUUUUCACAAUUUCAUUUAGCAAUUACUUUUUUCACCUCGCGCUUUGAAGACUAGGAGCUGACAGUUCACGUUUUAAAGAAAAAUUAUGAAUACGAAUAUUCUAUGAUCACAACUGAUCGGCAAUCAACAUCAUGUUCUCCGUAAACUAGCCAUAAGUAGAUAUAGACCCGAAAUAAGAAUAACUGAUUUUAAUGAUAAACCUCUUUGUGUAGCCUUUGGGUAUCCUUGCAACCACUUGAACUUUAUUUCAAAUGUGUGAUGUUAUUGUUCCCUGUGAUUACUAGAGACCUGCCCCACAUACAGCUGCAAGACGUGACAAGGUCACAUCUGAUUUCAUACGACACCGAACGAGAUCUUCUACCCCUUGUCUUGGCGCAGUGUAAUUACUCUCUAGAGGUGGGUCGGGGAACAUUGGUUCAGUACAACUGGGAAGCCCUUGAAAGACAGCUGAUUGACAGGUUCAUAAGGGGAAGACCACUUAUUGAUUUCAAGGUACGAAGUAGCUUCAAAUAUACAUAAUGAUGUCCAACGUUUGUAAAAUAUUUCCUGAAAUUUCUGUCCAAAGUCUUUACCAAAGUUAUUUAUUCACUCCUAAAGGAAAGGUUUUGAGCAUUAUAUCGUAUUUAUUUCAUAGGACGAGAGGUUUGCAUUCAGCAAAGACGCCCAGUUAGACUCGGUUUUCACUUCCGUGAAAAACAAGGUCCGGCCACAGGUAAAACAUUUCGUUUUUUGUGCUCGAUUCCUAUUCAAUAUGUGACUCACAAGCUCGUUCUGGAGUUGCCAAUGAUUAGCAAGAAAACAAUGGUAGUGAGAGAAGUUAAUAUGAUGAAGAUAAUGAUGAUGCUAUCAGUAACAAUAGUUGUACCAAUAAUAGUGAUACUUAUUAUGACAAUAUUGGCAAUAGAAACGACACUAAUAAUAACAUACGAUGGGUUUGGAACUGAAAAUGACUGUGUUGAUAUUGUAUACAUAAGUGGAACAUAUUUUCCUUGGCAACACUAUGGUGAUUCUUUCAAUGAAGUAGCCAGGCAGGUUUUCAGAUCUUAUUCACAGGAUGGAUAUUGAAAACGUAUCCGGUCCCGGGUGACAGUCGCGCAAUUGCACAUGUAGAUGGUCAAUUGUCGUAUUUAGAUUUUUGCGAUCGUGUAGUAAGUGUAUAUUUUCGAGGACUCAAAAAAAUUGUUCGUAUUGUUAGGUUCCAUUGAGUUCAGCGGUAAGCAGUCAAAUUCUAGGCGAGUUUCGCUCACUGACAGACGUCUGUGACGUGCUUUCGUCGCUCGACAUUGCAAUCGGUUUCCUUUCCUCGACCGGUGGAUCACCUGAAAAGCUGCUAAAAGACUACCUUCAACAUGUACUACGCAUGCCUCAACAAAAUAGUCUUCGCAGUCUUAAGGUAAGCAUUCAAUUUAACCGUGCAAAUUCAACUGUUUUGAUAGAUAGAUGUUUAUCCACAGACCUUUUAGACCCUAUGGGUAACGAAAAGUUUUUACCUUGCGCUAUGUUUCUUGCUACGUGUUUUACCUUACAAAAAGCGAAAUAAUAAGAAAGAUAAAAGCUUAAAACAAGAAAAGGGAGAACUCUUGUAAAAAUACGGAAAUGUGCAAAUGUAUCAUUUUGUGUCAGGAAUCGAAAAUUGUCUUCCAACUUGGAAAUAUCUUAAAUAUUGUAAAUAUAGUAAACGUGUACAGACCCAGAAAUAGUUAACUGCCAAUAGCGAUUUCUAACGGGUUUUAGAGUAUGUUAAUUUUGCAGUCUGUUACUAUAUAAAAGUAAACGCGAUCACCUUUUCAUGUUAGCACGUUACGCUCUAAUUAAACUGUACCUUAAGAACAGCUUUUUUUCUGCUCUGCUUCUGUUUAGGCGCAGCAGUGUUGUCAGUUGCGACACGUUCUCUCCUUCUGGCGACUGUUGACAUUAGAGAGAGCAAGGAUUUUAAUGAGGCGGGGAGAGGUAAGGAACGUUACCCAAGCGGGUAAUAUCAUAUCAAAAUCAUUUUUUCAUCGUAUUUAUUACAUAAUCAUAUCUUAAUUGAUAAGGACGCAAUUUCUGCACUUAAGAACUAAUAAAUAUUAUGCUCACGAAAUAGAAUAAUUCAGGCUAUUUGUAUUUUACAGACAAUUUAACAUAAAUAAUAUCCGAGCAUGUGGAUAAAGCGCAUACGAGCGAAGAACUUCAAGAUUUUAAUGACCAGGAGUCUGUCAUAUAGAAAAAAGGCUAGGCUCGGAGUUAGAAGUGGCGUUGGUCUUUAAUCUCGUUCCCUUGUAGAAGUCAUUUUGAUACAUUAUUCGUGGAGGUGUUGCUCAGAGUGCUUCCCUUUCUCUGUCUCUUCCAAAGAACUGUUGUGUAGUGUUGACAACUGAAGGCACAUUUUCGGUUUUGAAUUCAUGGAAAAAUAACGUAGAUCUCCCGGUCACUUUAUACCUGAUCCGUCUUCGUGUUUUACGUAGGAUCCGUUCGAACAGAUUCCAGACACGUACAAGCAGGUCAUGCCACAAAGACUAAUGAUGAAGUUUAGCAAUAGCAUGAGGAGGAUUGACUCGGAUCGAUUCGUGCCCGAGGUCUUAGAAUUGAUCUUACUUAACCUCAGGGGAGAGGCGGUACCAGGCCAAGAAGACAUGAGGUAAGAUUUCUAGAUCUCAAAUUUCAAGAAUCCUUUUCUUAAAAUUCACUUGUUUUAGUCUUUUAACUGGGCGCGGCCCGUCAAAAACCUCCCUUCUCCUUUCGCUCAGUUGUUAUUAUCGCACACGUUCACUAACUAAACGCGUGGAAUACAAAAUGUAGGUUACCUUAUUACAUGUGUCUUUGUUAGGCUGCUCUCAGAUAUUUUUUUUCUGUGGAUAUCAAAUUCAAAUAAGGGAAGUGAGAUAACCAAAAUUUUCGCCUCAAUUUUGAAACCCUGUAUCUCCAAAAAAUGACGCGUUGUUGAAGUAGGUCUUUAACUCCUUAAAUGGGUCUUCACACCUCAAAGUGCGCCAUUUCAUAGCUACCAGAAAACACCAGGAUGGCCGCGAAUUCAAGUAAAUCUUGUCGGCCCCUAUACGACUCGCUACCAGCGAUUUGUGUACAGAGUGUUUGUCCCUCCUUUGUUAAAACACCUUCCCAAAUACAUAAUUUUUUAAGAGUACUGCAGUUUUGACUCGAGAGUUGGUCUGUGUUCUUUGUUGUUCACUGGUGUCUUUUUACCGGUUAGAAAGCAGAUUUAUAAAGAUAUCAAGGUUAAUUUUUAAAACGACCGUAAGUUGCACUUUUUAUCAUUUUCGCGCUAAAAUAAAUAACUUGGGACCUUGGAAGACGGCUUGAAAAGCGUGUAAAGGUCUUCUCUGGUUCUUCCAACAUCCCGCGCGGGUCAUUAAGUGGGAAGGAAUAUAGUGCGGUCGAGUACUUUCCAGUAUUGUGAUACAUUACAGCCGUUUAUCCCUUCCUUUAGCUUGAAAGACUUUAUCGAAUGGCAUCUUGACAAUAAGGGACAUGAGCCAGUUACUGGACUGGACGAACUACCAACUGAUGUGAAGCUGAAGUACGUGAUCAACGCAUGGGGAACUUCUCUUGAACUGUGGGACAGCUAUCUGGACAAGAGGGAUGCUGCUUCAGCGUAAAACUGCUGCUAUGUGUUUUGUCCCAGAUUUUUUUUCCUCUUUGUUCAACGUCCCCAGACUUAACGUCACUUUUUCUCUUAAAUGGAACUUUCCUCCAGUAAUAUUUGAAGUUCACUUUUAGAUUUGAGCAUGAAAAAUGAAAUGAAACAACUUAGCGGCUGAAAUAACAUGAAAUAACAUAAAAGUAUCCGAAGAGGGAGAUUGGUUAUUUUAUGACACAACUAUUGUGGCAUCUUCUUUCAAUUGCUUCGUCUACGUUUAGACAUUUAGAAUAAUUUUGGCUUUAUACUUCUUAAAUUUUAGUUUUCAAUAGCACGAGUUGGCUUGCUUUAUUGAUUAUUAUGCGAUUCAAUCUGAUAAUGACUAUAGUCAUAUUUUUUCAACUUCUGUAGCUUAAUAUUAGCAUAGAAACGUUAGUUCCCACUAUAAGCGAGCAUUGCAAAAAAAUGUAGAAACGUAAAAUGUGUAUGUUGGUACAUGUUAUAAGUAUAGGUAAUAAAACUUUGUGCGCAUGGAUGAUUAAAG